GUUAUUUAACACGAUAUUUUGGAUAUUGGAGUAAACUCGGAGUACCUGAAGUGCCUCCAAUGAUUUUCACGGGAUCAAUGCGUUUAGAUUUUAGCACUCCUCAUGGUGUACGUGAGCAGAAAUGGUACAAGAAAUACGGAAAAAUUUUUGGAAUUUACGAGGGAUCAAAUCCAGUUCUUAUGAUAGCUGAUCCAAAUUUAAUGAAAGAUAUUUUAGUAAAAGAUUUUCAAUCUUUUAUGGAUUUAAGAAAUCUUAAAUUUGGAGAUCCAAUUAUUGACAGGAUGCUCUUUGUACAAACCGGUAAAAAAUGGAAAGACAUGAGAAGUAUUAUGACUCCCGCUUUCACUAUUAGUAAAAUGAAGAUGAUGACAAAGUUAAUUAAUGAAUGUGCCCAAAUAUUAAUCGAUAAUUUCUUAGAAGCAGCUGGAAAUAAAAUAGAAGUUGAUAUUGAUGA